AUGGAGGCCUUGAGUAGAAUGAUAUCGGCGGCGGUUACGCAUGGGUUUAUGGCUGGAUUUCCGAUUGGUGAUCCCAACAAGGGCAUUAUUACUUUAUCUCAUUUACUUUUUGCAGAUGAUACGCUCCUAUUCUGUGAGGCAGAUCGUGACCAGUUGAGGGCAUUAAAGGCAUUGUUAUUAUGUUUUGAAGCAGCAUCCGACCUCAAAGUUAACUUUGACAAGUCAGAGCUAGUGCCGGUGGGGAACGUGAGCAACACAAGGCAGAUAGCUAGUAUUCUUGGGUGCAAGGUAGCUUCUCUUCCCAUGACCUAUUUAGGAUUGCCGUUGGGGGCUGCUGUAAGGGCCUCAUCUAUAUGGGAUCCAGUCAUUGAGAAGAUAGAAAGGAAAUUGGAAGGAUGGAAAAGAUUGUACUUGUCGAAAGGUGGCCGGUUAACUCUCAUCAAGAGUAUCCUUUCUAACUUACCUACGUACUUCUUAUCUUUGUUCCAAUUGCCUGCAAGGGUAGCCGCGAGGAUUGAAAAACUGUAUCGUGAUUUCUUAUGGAGUGGGAUAGGGGAUGAAUUCAAAUUCCAUCUGAUCAGUUGGGACAAGGUGUGUAGACCACUCUCGUCAGGUGGUUUGGGUAUAAAAAAUCUAAGAACAUUUAAUCGGGCCCUGCUCGGGAAGUGGCUAUGGAGGUAUAACACGGAGAUAGAGUUUUAUGGAAACUUGUUAUUGAUUGUAAAUAUUAGGGCUGCAACCCGAGCAACCCGUUAA